CCGGAGUAACUGGACAGUGAAUAGAUCCAUCAGUGAGAAUGAAAAUCCACUGCUUGACUCUUCUUAUUCUGUCUCUCUCAGCGAUCAGCACAAAGGCCUUAUGGAGGGUAAAACUGAAGAAAAUGCCUUCCAUACGAGAAACUCUCAAGGAAAUGAGCGUCACACCAGCUCAAGUGUUAUCUGAGAUUAUGCCAAAAUAUCAAGAACCAUCACCCACAAACGGCACAGCUCCGACACCUCUGAUCAACUACUUAGAUACUCAAUAUUUUGGUGAAAUCAGCAUUGGUUCACCAGCUCAGAUGUUCAACGUUGUGUUCGACACGGGUUCUGCCAAUCUCUGGGUUCCCUCACACAGUUGUUCUCCUUUAUACACAGCCUGCUUCACACACAACAGAUAUGAUGCUUCCAAAUCCCUCACACAUAUUUUCAACGGCACAGGAUUCUCCAUCCAAUAUGCUUCUGGAAAUGUCCGGGGCUUUCUGAGUGAGGACGUGGUUGUGGUGGGCGGUAUCCCAGUGGUGCAGGUUUUUGCAGAAGCCACAGCUCUUCCUGCAAUCCCCUUCAUCUUUGCCAAAUUUGAUGGAGUGCUAGGAAUGGGCUAUCCAGAUGUGGCCAUUGAUGGAAUUACUCCUGUGUUUGAUCGGAUCAUGUCUCAGCAUGUUCUGAAAGAGAAUGUUUUCUCGGUGUACUACAGCAGGGACCCAACACAUAUCCCUGGUGGAGAGCUGGUGCUGGGGGGCACAGAUCCGAAUUACCACACUGGACCUUUCCAUUAUAUAAACACCAAAGAGCAAGGCAAGUGGGAGGUCAUCAUGAAAGGGGUGUCGGUUGGGGCAGAUAUCCUGUUUUGCAAGGAUGGCUGUACUGCUGUGAUUGAUACAGGCUCCUCCUACAUCACAGGCCCCGCUUCCUCCAUCUCGAUUCUGAUGAAAACAAUUGGAGCCGUUGAACUGGCAGAAGGAGGGUAUACAGUGAGCUGUAAUGUGGUCAGGUUGUUGCCCACUGUUGCAUUUCAUCUUGGUGGUCAGGAAUAUUCACUCACAGAUGAGGACUAUAUUCUCUGGCAGUCAGAGUUCGGGGAGGACAUUUGUACUGUCACGUUCAAAGCAUUGGAUGUGCCACCCCCUACUGGUCCUGUCUGGAUACUGGGGGCAAACUUCAUAGCUCGGUACUACACAGAGUUUGAUCGGGGAAACAAUCGCAUUGGCUUUGCACGAGCUGUCUGACAAGCGCUUGGUUUUCUGCUAUUCUGAAAGUCGUAUUGUUUUAACUUUAACACAAACCAUAGGUCAUAUCAAUGACAGAUUACAGCUUUCAUUUAGAAAAAAGAAGUGCACUUUAGCUUUACUUUUUUAUCACUCAUCACAAAAAUAAUAUAUUUUGAAACA